GUUUCUGCUGUAGCUUCUUUCCUUCUCUUGCUCAGCGUCAGCGUCUCUGAGCUCAAUCACAAUGUCGGAGACCGAAGUUGGGAUCUUUCGAAGCACUUUUUCCUCUUACAUGGCGGAGGGCGAGCGGCUCUACCUGUGCGGGGAGUUCUCUAAGGCCGCCCAGAGCUUCAGCAACGCUCUUCACAUGCAGGAUGGAGACAAGAACUGCCUGGUUGCCCGCUCAAAGUGCUACCUGAAGAUGGGAGAGUUGGAGAAGUCUCUAAAGGAUGCUGAAGAUUCACUGAAGACUGACCCAACCUUCUGCAAGGGAAUUUUACAAAAGGCUGAGACACUGUACACCAUGGGCGACUUCGAGUUUGCCUUGGUUUUCUAUCAUCGAGGCUACAAGCUGAGGCCUGAUCGAGAAUUCAAAGUGGGGAUUCAAAAGGCCCAGGAAGCCAUCAACAACUCUGUGGGAAGUCCUUCUUCCAUUAAGCUGGAGAACAAAGGGGACCUCUCUUUCUUAAGCAAGCAGGCAGAGAGUAUGAAAGCCCAGCAGAAGCCUCAACCUAUGAAGCAACUCUUAUACAGCACCAAGACAGAGACCAAGCGGAAGGGUUCGCUCAAGAGCGAAAAGACCGUCCGCCAGCUGCUGGGAGAGCUCUACGUGGACAAGGAGUAUUUGGAGAAGCUCCUGUUGGAUGAAGAACUCACCAAAGGGACCAUCAAGAGUGGCCUGACCGUGGAGGACCUCAUCAUGACAGGCAUCAAUUACCUGGACACCCGCUGCAACUUCUGGAGGCAGCAGAAGCCCAUCUACGCCAGGCAGCGGGACCGGAAGUUGAUGCAAGAGAAAUGGCUGAGGGACCGUAAACGCCGUCCCUCAGAGACAGCCCGCUACAUCCUUAAGAGCCUGGAGGACAUCGACAUGUUGCUGACCAGCGGCAGUGCGGACGGGAGUCUUCAGAAGGCAGAAAAAGUGCUGAAGAAGGUACUGGAGUGGAACAAAGAAGAGGUGCCCAACAAGGAUGAACUGGUUGGGAACCUGUACAGCUGCAUAGGGAACGCCCAGAUUGAGCUGGGGCAGAUGGUAGCAGCCCUGCAGAGCCACAGGAAGGACCUGGAGAUCGCCAAGGAAAAUGACCUUCCUGAUGCAAAAUCAAGAGCCCUCGACAACAUUGGCAGAGUUUUUGCCAGAGUUGGGAAAUUCCAGCAAGCCAUCGACACGUGGGAAGAGAAGAUCCCUCUGGCCAAAACUACCCUGGAAAAGACCUGGCUGUUUCACGAGAUCGGUCGCUGUUAUCUGGAACUGGACCAGGCCUGGCAGGCGCAGAAUUAUGGUGAGAAGUCUCAGCAGUAUGCAGAGGAAGAAGGGGACAUCGAGUGGCAGCUGAAUGCCAGCGUUCUGGUGGCACAGGCACAAGUGAAGCUCAGAGAUUUCGAGUCAGCAGUGAACAACUUUGAGAAGGCUCUGGAGAGAGCGAAGCUGGUCCACAACAACGAGGCCCAGCAGGCCAUCAUCAGCGCCUUGGAUGAUGCCAAUAAGGGUAUCAUUGAAGAGCUGAAGAAAACUAACUACAGGGAGAUGCUCCAACAACAGACGGGGAAAGAAGAGGACAUGUCAUUGGCUGAGCUGUCAACAUUAGCAAUAGCAAAGGACAAGGAGUCAAAAAAAGGACAAAAUGACACCAUCAAGAUGGUAGAGUCGUGGUCCAGAGAGCAAAUGGGGAGUGAUAAAGAGACAGAUGAGGACGAGGACGAGGACGAGUCCAGGGACGCUCUGCAGAAAGUGGAAGCCCAAAAGGACCAAAGAGUCCCCACCGAAUCAGAAGAGAAGAUGCAGACAGACUCUGACAACAAAGACUCAAGGGACAUCUACAGGAGGUCUUCAGAAUUAGACCAAAACCUCACAGUAGAAUUCAAUGGAAAGGAUUCAGAAGUCACAGAGAAUAAACCUUUAGAAGUCAGCAGAGGAGAGACAACAGUAGGGAAAACAGGAAGCAAAGGGGAAGUGAGAGGCCCUGAAUGAAAUACCGAAUGAAAUCCCGGAGGAUCUGUGAGUGAAAGCUUCCUAGGUAGCCAUGAGCAUCCAGAGGUAGGGGGAAUCACGGCAGAGGUGGGGACUUAAGUUGAAUUUUCAACCGGAGAUUUGUUUGAAGUAGGAAAAUAAAAAGGGGGACUCUG